AUGUCAGACAUCCCAAUGUCCUUCCCUUCUCCUUCUCCUUCCCCUUCUACCCCUCCCCUGGAAACGUGUGACUACAGCGAAUGGGGCGCCACAUGGGUGCUCAUUCCUGCCAUCUAUAUCCUGGCUUUCACCCUGGGUUCCCUGGGAAAUGGCCUGGUUCUGUGGGUGUAUCUGGAAAGACCCCACUCCAGGAGGAGUUGCAUUAAGCCACAGCUGCCGACAAUCUGUACCCACCCGGUACGUUCCGCCCCCUCCCGCUCUCUCACGGACUCGCUCAUUGCCAGCCUGGCUGCAGCUGACCUAGCCUUCGUUGUAACCCUGCCUCUGUGGGCCGCCUACACGGCACUGGGCUUCCACUGGCCUUUCGGCAAGUUCUUCUGCAAAGCCAGCAGCUACCUGGUGGCCGUCAACAUGUACGCCAGCGUCUUUUCUCUGGCUGGCCUGAGCGUGGAGCGCUACUGGGUCAUUGCAGGGCGCCUCCAAGCUCACCGGGCACGGGGCAGCCGGAGUCGGAUACUGUGGAUUGUUGGGGGAGUCUGGGUGGUGGCAAGCAUCUUGGCCCUCCCUGCUCUACUCCUGAGGACAGUGAUGGAGGUAGAAGUUGUAGCGAGGCCUGGUGAUGCUUUGGAAGAGGCAGGAGAGUCAGGGCCACCGAAGGGGAAUGCCUCCUACCGCCUUGUCUCCUGUGAGAUGGACUAUUCGAUCCUGAUCUCUACUGACUUACCAGAGGACAGGGAGUGGGCGGAGCUCUUAUGGACAGCAGCCAUGGGGAUUAAGUCCACCUUGCUGGGCUUUCUACUACCGCUGACCAUCCUGUUGCUGUGCUACUGCUCUCUGGGGCACCUGCUGUCCCAGCACUUUGGCCGGGGCCCAUGGGCUGACCGCCGUCGCCAACGGCGCCUGCUGCGCGUCAUUAUCACUCUGGUCCUGGCCUUCUUCCUCUGUUGGCUGCCUUUCCAUGUCAACAAAACCCUGUCCAUUUUGACAGAACUGGAGCUGCUGCCCUAUUCAUGUUCCUUUGACCGGGCCUUGUUGGUAGCCCACCCCUACACUACCUGCCUAGGCUACGUCAACAGUUGCCUCAACCCCCUGCUCUACGCCUGCUGUGAUGCAGGCUUCCGUCGCCGCUGUCGGGCCUUGCUAAACUCCUGCUGUAGGAAAGGUGCCAGAGACUCUGACAAUGAAGAGCCCAGCCGAAGCUCGGCAGUCCCUUCAGGGACAAACGAUGGGACAGGAAACGGGGGGAGUGAUGCAAGAGGGAACAGAGAGCACAGAUCCCAGUGA